AUGAAAAUGUUUGUUACAACUUCCUCAACAGUAAAUAAUAAUCAUCCACCAUCAUAUAUUGUUGCAACCGCAUCUACAACGACAACAACCACAACAACAAAUUCUGGAAUUGAAACAACAACUACAGCAGCAACAACAACAACAACAACAAAUUCUAAUACACCACAAACAUUAAGUGAUAUUAAACUUAUCUGCACUCAAAGGAAAAAGAAAACCAAACGUCAUAUCUAUUUAACAUUUGUUGAAAGUUGUCCAAUAUCUUCUUCAAUUGAUCAACCAUGUAUUGAAAUAAUUCGAAAAUCAAAUUCAUCUUCUCAACCAUCAUCAUAUUCAUUAAAUGAAUGUAUAUCAUUUGAAUAUUUUGAUACAGUUAAAAAUGAUUUUCAAGCAUAUAUCUAUGCUUAUUUUGAAUCGUAUACAGUAUCAAUAUUUUUUUCUGAUGAAGAUUUUGAUAAAAAAUCUCUUAUUAUUAAACAUCUUGAAUAUAUGUAUCACAGUAAAGCAGAAAAAUCAUCCGAAAUAAAUAAUAAUUCAUCUCAAGAUCCAUCACAAUCUCAACCAGGACCACCAUCACAAUCACAAUCACAACAACAACCUAUUUUACCAUGUCCAUCAACAACUGAACAAAUUCUACAUACAUUUGAUGUUAAUUUAAUUCCAUAUGGACCAAUUAUACAUCGUGAUCAUAUGUUAAUAGGUCCAGCACGUCUUUAUUUUACUACAACUGAUCUUUAUAUAGCAUCAAUGAAUUGUAAUCGUACUGAUUUAAAAAUAACAAUUACAAAUCAAUGUCCAUCAAAAGAAAAAGCAAUUUUAUGUGUACCAUAUUUUACAAUAAAAAAUUAUGGAAAUCGUUCGAAUAUAUUUCUUAUUGAAUUAGGUAAAUCGAAUUAUGGUAAUGGUGAAAUACAUAUGAAAUGUCAUUCAUCAUCAUUAGCAAGUACAAUACAUUUAUUAGUUAGUCCAGUUAUUGAAGAACGCCCAUUAAUACUUUCAUCAGCAUUUCAAAAUCAAUUAUUAACAAAUAAACGUAUUGAAAAAUCAAAAAAUAUUCAUCCACCUGUACAACUUACACAUGAUACAAUGAAUCAACCAUUAAUAGAUUCACCAAUACCAUUAUUGAAAAAAAAAUCUAUUGAUACAACACAAAUUGAUUCACAAAUAACAUCAUCAUCAUCAACAACAGGAACAACAUCAAAUGAUAUUAAAUCACGUUUUAUUGUUGGAUUUUUUCGUACAUUAACAAAAAAUGUUUCACAUUUACGACGAUCAGCAACAUUUCAUCAUAAUAAUCAUAAUCAUACUAAUAACAAUGAACAAGUAUUAACAUCAAAUACAAAUACAUUAUUACCAAAAAAUAAAUCUGUUGCAUUUAAUAUUGAUGAAAAUAAUUUUCAUAAUGAUCAACAUCAAAUUAUUCUACCUGAAUCUCAGAAGAAAAAUGAAUUAACAUCAAAUAUUCCGGCAAUAAUACCAAAAGAAAUUGGUGAAACAACAUUAACAUCACCAUCGACAACUAAACAAGAUACUACAAUGGGAACAUAUAUUGAUAUGGGACCAACUAUUCAUAGAACAGAUUCAAAUCUAGAAGAAAAAAUUGAAGAUGAAAUUAUUGGUAAAGAAACAACAGCAACUGCAGAGAUUGGUGUUAAUACCACAAUAAGUUUAUCGCCUUGUGUUCGCUCAGCAAUUAUAGUUGGUAAUUCCGUUCAUCUUAUUGCUGAUGAAAAAACUCUUUUUCCUAUUGGUCAACGUUCAUUUACUUCACCUGCUAGUGUGAUGCAACCAUUUAAAACACAAUUAAAUGGUCCAUCAAUGAGUAAUACUUAUGCUACAACAUCCGAUUUAAUAACAUCUUCUCCAAAUAGUUCGAGUUCUAUUCCUCAAGUCAAUUCCGUAUCCAAUUCUCAACAAUCAUUAUUUCUUUCCUAUGGUAUUGUUACAUUCAAUAAAAACGAUAUAAUACCAAAUGAUCAAACAGAACGCCCAACAAGUCCAAUAUUAGAAGGUUCAGCUCUUGAUCGUCGUCUUAAUUCUGAUCUAAGUCUUAUGUCUAUGCCUCAACAACAAGGUUCAACUGUUUAUCCAUUCGAUAGUGUUCUAUCCUCAUCAAAUGCACAUAUAUAUCCUACAUUAUCUGUUUCAACAAAUAAUAAUGGUGACACAACUUCCGGUUCAAUUCGAACUCCUCAUGGUUCGAUUAUAUUUUUUGAAGAUCAUAUUCAUGAUCAAGCAACAACAUAUCUACUUGGAUUACCAGCAGUAAGGAAUGAUGAAACAAUUCAAACAAAUUUAUCACGACUUUCAUCAUUUAAUUUAACAUCAUCAAUAUCACGUCCACAAUUAUCACAUAUCGAUGAACAAGAAACUUCUUCUAAUGAUCCAUAUGCAUUAGUUGAACCAUUACCACAAAAGAAUUCAACACCAUCAACAUCUAUUAAUACUUUAAAUACUCCUUUACCAACAUCCGAAAAUUCGUUAGAUUAUGUUGAUUUACUUAUACCAUCACAUGUAAAUAAUGAAAACCCUGAUACUAAUGAACAACAACAACAACAACAACAGAUAAUGAAUUUGGAUGAUAAUAAUGAUGAUGAAAUAAAUGAUUGUGAUGAAAAAGAACGUGAAAGUUCAGAACAAUCAUCAACAAAACUUUAUACAGACAUUGAUUUUCAUCAAACACAACGUCGUGAUCGUAUUGUACAAUCGGCAAAUAGAGCAAAAAUAGAAGAUCAAACACCACCAUUUGUUCUAUAA